AUGAGAGCACAGUCGCGCCCAGGCUACACGGCACCGGCCCAACAACGCUACAUCCGACUCACAUCUUGCCCCGACGUCCUCGUCAUACAGCUCACACGAACUGCGCUAGAUCUUUACGGUAACGAAUUCAAAGUCAUGACCGAUCACGAUUUUCCCGAAAUCUUGGAUUUAUCCGAAUAUCUCGCCGACCCCACCGCUCAAGUGCGAUAUCGUUUCUCAGGAAUGGUCGCGCAUCAUGGAAAUGAAAUUGGCGCUGGUCAUUAUAUCGCUGGUGUGCGAGGUGCGGUCGAAGGAAGCGGAUUUCGCCUCAUUAACGAUUCGAGGAAGGUUGUCAGCACUAACAACUUUGCGGAUAUUCAGCAGCCGAUUUGGGAUAAGAAGGACAGAUUUCAGCCGUAUGUUUUGUAUUAUACUAAAAUACGCGGAAAGAAGUGA